CUACUAAGUAUGAAAAGAUCACCGCUUGGUUAUUUUUUUCCUGCCGUAUUAUGUUUACAUUGCUGCAAACAGGAGUUUUACUACUCUGUUUUCUUUAUUCGUUUCUUCCUCUGCAGCGCCCUUGGUCACUCUGUUCUUCUGCUGCUCUCUAUUGCCUCUGGCUCAUCAGCUGCGCUUUCUCACUCCUGUUGUCAGUUUAAUAGGGGUUUUAGCUUAAUUAAAGCUUGUAGCAGAUGAAGUGCAAGUGUAUAUGUUUUUAUUUUUAAAUACUGUUUUGAAAGUGAUACUAAGAAGCUGAGGAUUGAACUAGCCAAACAGUUGUCAUUGUUGUCUUUUCUGUUUCACUGUGGACGUCGUCUCAAUGUCAGGUUUCUCUGGAUGCUGCCAAGUGUGUGGAUCAGCAAGUGUCUUUUAUUUUAUACUGUGUGGGGUUUUCUCGGUAAAUAUUUCAGUGAUGCAUUUACUUUCCAAACUAUUGUAAGGCCACAUGGAUACUUUGCUAAUAACACAUUAAUCAUGAGUUGAUAUCUCUGAAAUACCCUAAACUUGUGGAAAGGGAAAGUGGAAUAUUAUCUUCUUUUGCAUUUUACGAUUUUUUUGUAGUUUUCAUUAAGUUUUCUAUAUUAUAUAUGUAGGAACUACAUAUUUGUUGAACUGUUUUCAAUAGUAUUCAUGUUUUUGGGGAAGGAAGAAAUUAACAGAUAUAUUUCUCUUUGGUAGUUAAUAUAUAAUAAAUCACCAGUUGGAUAUGUAAGCAAGGUUUUAUUAGACCUCAGAUUAGACUUAAGCCAGCAAAUUAUCUCACUUAAAGCAGUAUAAUUCAUGAAUGUGGUAUUUCAGUCUCAGUUGAAAUUGAACUGCCCAGCUUUUCAUGGAGUUUUGUUCCUCAGUAGAUAAUAUUUGUUUGUGCUGUCUUAGUGUCAUCUAAUUAGAAAUUGUAUACUCAGUAUUGCAGAGAAAGAAAACAUGGCAAACAUUGCUAUUGAAAAGAAAGAAGUCACUAGAGAUCUAGAGAGCUGUGAUAUUCCAUACUAUGUUUCUGAAUUUGUGGAAAGAGAACUGGGAAAUGACUAUGAUUCCCUGGGGAAGCUGGACGGCCUGAUUGAAAAGCUAUCUGAAAACAAAAAGCACUUAGAAGAACAGGUACUAACAGUUUCAUCAGAAGUCCCUAAAAGAAUUCAAAAUGCCUUAAAGAAUGCAGAAGAUUCCAAAAAGUCUCUGAGUCAGCUUCUAGAGGAAGAAACUGUUCUGUCUGAGGCCAUCAGUAGCCACUUGCUGAAAGCUCAGCCGUGGAUGGAGGAUCUCGAUGUACUGAUCGGUCAGGUAGAGGAGAUCGAGCGACACUUGGCCUACCUCAAGUGGAUUUCUCGCAUAGAAGAGCUGAGUGAUAGCAUUCAGCAAUAUCUGAUGACCAACAAUGUUCCAGAGGCAGCCAGUACUCUGGCAUUCAUGGCAGAACUGGAUAUUAAACUUCAGGAGUCAUCUUGUUCUCAUCUUCUUGCUUUUGUGAGAUCCACUGUUAAAUUUUGGCAUAAAAUCCUUAAGGACAAAUUGACAAGUGACUUUGAGGAGGUGCUGACGCAGCUCCGCUGGCCCUUUGUGGGGCCACCUCAGUCCCAGGCAUUUGGCCUUGCUGCACCAGCCAACGCUCCUGAGGUGUACAACAACCUGGAGAUGCUGUUCUGUCAGCUUCUGAAACUGCAAACCUCAGAUGAGCUGUUAACCAAACCUAAACAAUUGCCAGAAAAGUACCCUUUACCCCCUUCACCACCAAUUGUCCUUCCGAUACAGAUCAUGCUGAAUCCUCUUCAGAAAAGAUUCAAGUAUCAUUUCACUGGAAAUAAACAAACCAAUGUUCUUAACAAGCCUGAGUGGUAUUUAACACAAGUACUUAUGUGGAUUGGAAAUCAUUCAAAGUUUCUUGAUGACAAAAUCCAGCCAAUACUGGACAAAGCAGGAUCUUCAGUGAAUGCUGGGCUUGAAUUCUCUCGUGCUCUAGUAAUGCUGAUUUUGGAGAAGUUGGCUGCUGAUAUUCCCUGCCUGUUGUAUGAUGAUACACUCUUUUGUCACCUUGUGGAUGAGGUACUUCUAUUUGAGAGAGAGUUAUACAGCGUUCAUGGUUAUCUCAGCAGCUUCCCCAGCUGCAUGCAUAUUCUGUCAGAAGAAUCCUGCUUCCAAAGGUGGCUAACAGUGGAAAAAAAAUUUGCUCUUCAGAAAAUGGACUCUAUGCUUUCAUCAGAGGCUGCAUGGAUAUCACAGUACAAAGAUAUCACUGAUGUAGAUGAAAUGAAAGUUCCAGACUGUGCUGAAACUUUUAUGACUCUCUUGUUAGUUAUAACAGACAGGUAUAAGAAUCUUCCAACAGCUUCCAGAAAACUGCAGUUCCUAGGCCUACAGAAGGAGUUAAUUGAUGAUUUCAGGAUACGAUUAACUCAAGUAAUGAAGGAAGAGACAAGAGCUUCCUUAGGAUUCCGAUACUGUGCAAUCCUUAAUGCUGUUAACUAUAUAGCAACAGUGUUGGCAGACUGGGCUGACAAUGUAUUCUUCUUGCAGCUGCAGCAGGCCGAGCUAGAGGUUUGUGCAGAAAGUGACACGGUGAGCCAGCUGCAGCUGGGACAGCUGGCGUCCAUGGAGAGCUCUGUCUUUGAUGACAUGAUCAACCUCCUGGAGCGCCUGAAGCACGACAUGCUGACCCGACAAGUAGAUCAUGUCUUCAGAGAGGUCAAAGAUGCUGCAAAGCUGUACAAAAAAGAGAGGUGGUUGUCUUUACCCUCUCAGGCAGAGCAAGCAGUGAUGUCUUUGUCGAGCACCGCGUGCCCGAUGUUGCAGACACUGCGAGACCGUUUGCUACAACUGGAGCAGCAGCUCUGCCACUCACUCUUUAAAAUCUUCUGGCAAAUGCUUGCAGAGAAAGUGGAUCUGUACAUCUAUCAGGAGAUCAUUAUGGCAAAUCAUUUCAAUGAAGGAGGAGCAGCACAACUCCAGUUUGACAUGAGUCGGAAUUUGUUCCCCUUAUUUUCACACUAUUGCAAGAGGCCAGAAAACUACUUUAAGCACAUAAAAGAAGCCUGCAUUAUCCUGAACCUGAAUAUUGGCUCUGCCUUGCUUCUGAAGGAUGUCCUACAGUCAGCUUCAGAAAAUGAACCAUUAAAGCCAAGCCAGCCAUCUGCAACAGCAGCACUAAAUGAACUUGGAGUUUAUAAACUGGCUCAAAGGGAUGUUGAGAUUCUUCUCAAUUUGAGAGCUAGUUGGCCAAAUACAGGAAAAUAAAGACUUCUUCAGAAAUGGUUAAUAA